AAUAUUUCGAUUACAACAAAGAAAAAUGCCGAAACAUUUUCGGGAAUUGUCUUCGCGACAAAAAAAUCGGCGCCUUCAACAAUAUGAAAGGCAAUAUGAGCGUCAGCCAAUUGUACAUCAUGUCGAUAGACCUACGAAUGGCGUUUUACGUACUGCUAUAUGAUGUGUAUUGCAUAACAGUACCAACGAUAUGGAUAGACUUCGAGCGAUCAAUAUUUAAAAUGCCAAAAAAAAGUAAACAGCUUACUCAAGCCUGCAUAAAACAGAUGCCGCCGUGUGAUGAUUGGGACGAAUUAACAUUUCAUAAGAGCUUUGGUCCUUAUGAAACGUACCAAAAUGCACGAUCGGUCGAAAAAGUAGUGGGAGAAAUGUCAGCGUCAGAUGAUAAUAUUAAUAAUAUUAAUAUACAGGCAUAUGAUAAGUGUAAUGCUUCAAAGAAGAGGCUUAUAAAGAAGAGAAAAUUGUAUGGCGACACAAGCAACGAAGAUGAACCAAAAAAGAUGCGUCUUAAAUUGCCCUCGAAUUAUAUUCCACAAGUAGGAAGUGGAUAUGUUUCUGACUUGCAGCCUAAGAUUAAUAAAGCGAUCACUAAACCAGGUUCAUGCGAAUCCAGUGACUUAAAUCAGGCCGAUGAUACUCCAAAUUCUGAUAAUACUUUUGAUUCUAAUUCACUGCUGGAAGAUGAUUCUUCACAAGAAUUGUCAGAUUUCUCUGACAAUUCUUGUGAAGAAAUACAAUACAGUAACACAGAAACGCAGAAAGCAAUAACAAACUGUGGUCAUAAGCAAAAAAGUUACAAAACUGUAAAAGAAAUACCGAAAACAGUAAAAACCAAUUGUGUGGGACAGGAAAAAGCUUCAACAGCUCAGCCAAAAAUAAUGUCAGCUGACAAUACAGAAGAAUUUGGGAACGAAAUUUGGGACGAAAAUUUGGGAAACCAAUCUAAUGAUUUAGAGCACACAUGUUGUGGAAUAUGCCGGCGUGGUAUUAAUGCAAAAUUAGCUAUACUGGAGCGUAAACUUAAUCGAAUUAUUCAUCUUUAUGAAAAUAAACAAGAAGUACAAAAUGAAAGAGAAGUGCAGGUGGUCGAUUUCUCUCUCUUACCAAAUUUGCCCCUCACUACGGUGGAGAGAAUUGAAGCGUUUAAUAAUCAACUGGAUAGAGCUGAUGUUCGGCGACAAUUUAUUCAGAAAAUGUCACAAGUGGGCGGAGAAACAGUCGCCAAAAAUGUUAGAAAUAUAAUGUCGCAAACUAUUGGUUACGAAGUUGCGCAGGCAUACACGUGGACAGGACAAAAAAAUAAAUUGUCUCUAAGAAAAUCAAGACUAUCCGAUACAAUCAUUGAAACUGUAUUGAUGCAAGGAAAAAGCACCGUGAGUGAAAUAGAAAAAUGCAUGCAGGAAUGGUUGAGACGAUCUGGUGACAGGAUACGAGCAAUAUUAUUAAAAAAGUGACAUUUUACAUUACGAUCUGGCGACAGGAUACGGGUGAUAAAUUGUUUAAAAAGUAAUGUUAUAUUUCAAUCCAUAUAUUCUAAAAUAUAUAUUUUAUAUAAUAUAUUAUUAAAUCUUUGUAAAAAUAAAGAAUAAAUAUUGUAUUACAUUGUAUGUUAAUAUACAACAUUGAGUAAGUUUCCAUCGAGAGUACAAAUCGGGUCAAAGUUGGACCAAUUAACCAACGGCUAUAUAUGCUAAUCAUAACGGAAAUUAGGUAUUUUUGUUGUAACCAGCAUAACUAUUGGCUAAUUAGCUCGACUCUAACACGAUUUGAACUCUCGGUGAAAACUUACUUAUUGUAACGUA